AAGAGACAUGAUAUUCUUAUGGACUUAAACCAAUAAAAAAGAAAUUGCCAGACGGAUAGAUGUAAGGUAGAGAGGUAGGAAACUUCAGGCUACUUCUUGUUGCCCGAAAGGUUCCGUUUAAUUAAUUUCUCCAGUCUGUUAGACGAUCCUAUCAGAUCAUCAAACAUUUGCUUAACAUUUGUGAGCUGAAAACAAAAAUAAACGCUUCGCAAAAAAAAGAAAAAAAAGACAAACACAAAACAUAACUUUGAUGGGGAAAAUACAUUUUCACGAACUAUCAAAAUUGAUCAAACCGUCGCUGCGUACUUCAGACCGCGAGCUCAGUGCACGCGGCACUUGGCGAUAUACUUGACAGACCGCGCGCGCUUUCUCGCUGCUCUCUUCUUCGCGCAGCUCCAACUCCAGCUGUUUGUCUUCCUACCUUCAGUCCGACUGCGAGCAAUGUUCCCACCCCGAAAAAAACACGGGACGAUAAACGAGGAGGGACGCUGAAGGACGGGGAGUGGAGGACGGACAGGGGAUGAGAAGACCAGCCAAAGAGGAGAGCCGCUGUCGCAGAGGAACAGGAGGAGGAGAGAGGGAAGCAGACACAUCUGCGGUGACUUGGGGGAUUCGGCUUGGUGAGAGGGGGGAUACGCAACAUUCUUAUGAUGCCAGUAUUUUUAACCCGGGUAAGCGGAAUAAAUAAUGUGCCGUGGGACUGCCAUAUUGUCAAUUUCUUUGCAGCUUAGUUAUUUUUAAAAAGCGCCUGCUUUAUAAAUUGACGCUUAAAAAACGGAUGCUAGGAGGAUUUUUGUAAUUCUCUGUAGAUAUCCACCAUGGAGAGCUUUUAUCACCUUUGGGAGCAAAAGUGGAUUGACUGAAGGGGGAGAGAAGGACUGUUUUUAAAAGAAGAUACCGCCACCUUCUCCUUACAUAAAUGUUUGCGUGCCAUUAGAGUGCUCCUGCUUUUCUCCACAACAGACGCGCAUUUCACGCACACUGCCAGAGGUGGACAUUAUCAGUCACACAUGCGGUCCUAAUAACACGGACGGACCUCACCCCCUCUCACCUACCCAGCCCCUCUCCUCACCCCACUGUCUGAUGACUCCCCCGCGCACAGGUGGACGUGGUACGGAGCCUACUGUAGCAUCAUCUUCUUCAUCACCACCACCACCACCACCACCACCGUCCUCCUCCUACUCCUCCUCAACACCACCAUGUCCUCGUCGUCGCGCAAGAUUUCAUCCGAGUCAUUUAGCAGCUCAGUGGGCUCGGACUGCGGGCUUGAAAGCCCCGGAGGAGACGGAGGGGAUGGCGCUUUGGAGCCGGCCGACGAGAGCCGGGGUUGCCCGUUUUCCUCCUUCCCAUCGUCCCACAGAGCGCUGCUCUGGAACGGCCGCAGCCCCGCUGAGAGGUCGGCGUGCCCGGCGGGCGAGGAGCAGCAGGGACCCUGUGUACCCCACAAGAGGGCUACCAGGCGGCGGAGGGUGAACCUGGACUCGCUGGGGGAGAGCCUGAAGCGACUCACUUCACCGACGACACAGACUGUUCAGGAGGCUCUUCAGCGAACUCUGCAGUUCUACAGGCAACAAGAAAUCAGGUGCCAGGAUGUUGGAGGUAGUGAAAGGCAGCGUGAAAAGAAAGAGGAGAAGUGCCCAUUUCUUGAAAACUCUGGCUCAGAGGAAGAUGUCCUACAGAUUCUACAGUACAUGGCCACAAUAUUGGGAGUUCCGUUCUGCGAACUGCGAGAGCAUUUUGGCGAGGAGUUCUUUGGUCUUUGCUUUGAAGAGAAUGAGCGAGUACUACGGGCUGUAGGCGGCAACCUUCAGGAUUUCUUCAAUGGUUUUGACGCCAUUUUAGAACACAUUCGCACCUCCACGGGACGCCGAGCCUCCUCCGAGAGCCCUUCCUUUCAGUGCAAGGAUCCCCGUGAAGAGGAGAAAGGUAGAGGGAAAUUGGAGAAGCUUGGAAACCGUGGCAGCAGAGACGGAAGAGGGAAAGUGUUGUUUCUUCACUGCUUUAACCCUGCACCCGUCGUGGGAUUAGUUAUGCCAGGUUUGAUUAGAGCUGUCGCCAGGCGAAUCUUUCAUUCAGAGGUUGAAGUGGAAGAGGUGCCACCUCUAACUCCUCUGUUGCCAAACGAAGACACAGAACAUACAGAUUGUGAUUCUACAACGCCCACUCCCACUGCGUCCCCCACUGCCUCGCCCUCCUCAUCUCCGUCCCCUCCAUCUCUUUUUCCAACCUCCUCCCCCACAGUUUGUCUAUCCUUCUUACUCCAAGAAACUUGCCCUUCUCCUCUCUCUUCCAUCCCAAUUUCGGCAUCUGUGAGCACCAGCCGUCCUCCACUCCAGCUUUCAACUAACCCCAGUGAUCUUCGCAUCUCCCUGGCUACGUUUUGCCGUGCCUUCCCGUUUCACCUGGUCCUGGGGCAUCGGAUGGAACUCCUGCAGCUUGGAGAAGGACUUAGGAAACAGGCUCGGAUUGAGCCUCACCGGAUCCUUUCAUUUAGGGACUGUUUUGAGAUUGUCUCACCCAAGAUGGAUCCCUCUUUCCAGGGCAUACUGCUGAGACUCGCAUCCCCAUUUACUAUCCGCACCAAGCCCGACCCCAUGCAGGCUGGCACCAAGGAGAAGGUUAUGGAGUUGAAAGGUCAGAUGAUCCAUGUCCCCGAGUCCUGCUCCUUGAUGUUUCUGGGCUCGCCGCGUGUUGAUAAGCUAGAGGAGCUGAUGGGCAGAGGUCUCCAUCUGUCAGACAUCCCCAUCCAUGAUGCCACACGAGACGUUAUUCUGGUGGGGGAGCAAGCCAAGGCCCAGGAUGGCCUGAAGAAGAGAAUGGACAAACUAAAGGCCACCUUAGAGAGGACACACCAGGCUCUGGAGGAAGAAAAACGAAGGACCGUGGAUCUCCUGUAUUCCAUAUUUCCGGGCGAUGUGGCGCAGAAGCUGUGGCAGGGCCAGCCUGUGCCAGCACGGAAAUUUGAUGAUGUCACCAUGCUGUUCUCGGACAUCGUGGGUUUUACGGCCGUGUGUGCCCACUGCACACCUAUGCAGGUUAUCUCAAUGUUGAACGAGCUUUACACACGCUUCGACUACCAGUGUGGCAUUCUGGAUGUUUACAAGAUUGAGACAAUAGGUGAUGCCUACUGUGUGGCCGGUGGACUUCAUAAGAAGGUCGAAAGCCAUGCAAAACCAAUUGCACUCAUGGCUCUAAAAAUGAUAGAGCUUUCUGAGGAGGUACUAACGCCUGACGGGAAGCCUAUCAAGUUAAGAAUAGGCAUCCACACAGGUUCGGUCCUGGCAGGCGUGGUUGGGGUUAAAAUGCCGCGAUAUUGCCUGUUUGGGAACAACGUCACUCUAGCCAGCAAGUUUGAAUCAGGAAGCCAUCCAAGGUGCAUCAAUGUUAGUCCGACAACCUACCAGUUGUUGAAAGAUGACCGCUCCUUUUCGUUCAUCCCCCGUUCUCGGCUGGAGCUCCCAGAGAAUUUUCCCAAAGAGAUCCCAGGGACGUGUUACUUCUUGGAGGCAGGGACUUCGCACAGCCACGCCUCGCUUACCAGCUCUCGCUCGGCUCCUCCGGCCUCUAUGAGGAAGGUCUCCUACAGCAUCGGGACAAUGUUUCUAAGAGAAACCAGUUUGUAGAAUCACACACAGAUGUUUAAAAUGUAAGUGACUGGAUCUGAAUCACAGAAACAUACAGGAAACCAGUCACACAGAUCUGUGGUUAUGCAAAUGCACUAUUGUAAAAAGUGGAAUUUACACCUGAUUGAUGAAAUAUGCUUUCAUCAUAGAUGAAAGAGAACAACUGUCCGCGUCUCUUCCCUGAGCAGUGGAGAUAUUCUUCAAAUGACUUGAGGGACAGCAGCUGCACUAGUCCUUUAUCUAUCCUCCAAGAGGUGGACUGACAUAAUCAAAUUGUGGAAAAACCUUUGGACAAAUUCUCUGUUCUAGCUGGAUGCCUCGGCUGCAGGCCUGGUGUCUGGCUCUCUGCAGCGGUUCGCAUUCAGACAACACCCAGACCCUCGUCCGCAUUUAGCAGAACUGAGUUAAAACUCACAGCGAUCACACUCAUGACCACUGUUGCCCUCAUUCGCCAUUUGCAAAUGGAACAAAACCCCUUUUCAUUUACAAGGUGGGUGCUGAAGAGUGAAUUUUGUAUGACUCGCUGUCCAUCAUGUGCGACAAAGACCUGUAAUGGAAAACGAUACAGCUCUCCGUUUCCUUCGUGUUCAUCUGUCUGUAAGUCAUGUUAUGCUUUACCAAACGUAAGAGCUGCUCCUCCAAACUGUUGACAUGCGGCCAGCUGGCUGGGAUUUGUCAAGAAAACAAGAGGACUUGCUUUGAAAAGGUAAACGCUGGAAGACGAAUGCGAACUAGAGUCAUACUAAUCCAAACUUAUAGCCUUGAUUGUUUUGGAUCCUCAGCAAACUAUAGCAGACAAUGUUGUAAUAAUGGAGAUAAACAGAAUGCUAAUAACACAGAAAUGUAGAUGUCUCACAGCAGCGACUCUUUGAUUUUUUUCUCCCUUUUUUUUACCUGUGAUUCUUUGUUUUAGUGUAUUUCAUGCUUUAGCCUCUUUUUAAUAAGAUCACUUGUUGUCAGCAUUUACCAGCUUGUGUUUACUUGCAUUCAACUAAUCAGCAUUUUUACCUACAUGUAGCAUCGUCCAAAAAGCUUUGCUUUUAGGAGGGACCUGCCCAGAUCGGCCUGCAUCUUGCUUAGGUGACAUCAAUACAAACAGGUAUUUGUGUGCAGGCAUGUUCCUUUUUAUGUCUGCAGGAAUAACAGAUUGUUGUGUGUUUUAGUUUGUAGAGCUGACAGGAGAAAUCGGACACGGUUCACAGUUCCUCAGUCCAGAUAUGAAAGAACGUCCAAUCAAAGGUUUUACUGAACAUACAGCCAAUUUACAGAUGUACUUUUUUUAAUAACUGCAUUGCUUAUAAAAACUAAUGAAAAAAAUCCUGCAUUUGUUUUACCCUGUGAAAAUUUAACCAAGAUACAGAAGCCCAAAAUGAUUCAUGCCUCUCACAGAUUUAGAUUUUUAAUUUUCAUUACCUCCAAGUCUUUCAAGUUGAAAGGUCACCUUGCCAUCUUUCUAGUCUUUAGCUCCCUCCAGUGAUUUUUUUAACUUUUUGUAUCAGAUUCAACUCUGGAUAAUAGCAGGGUUGACUUUUGACACUACUGUGAGUCAGGAAAAGAAGUUGUUGGUAAAAUUCAAAGAUUACUUUGCACUUAAAUCUGCAGAGCUAUGAAUACAUUUGGGGAAUAACUGUAAAUAAAAUUCAAGUCGACUUGUUUGCUGGCAAACUGAGUUCAACUUGCUGAGUGAAUAACUCGGGCUGUCCUACAGAGACCCAAACGUAAUUAUUAAAAAUUGGCCAACAUAAAGUGGAAAUAUUGGUUUUUGGAUAGUUUGGCUUUGGAAUAUUUUACUGGAGACUUUGCAGAUUUGUGUUGUAUUCUAAAUUAACAUUUACUUAAUUGCUAUUUUUCACGACCUGUGAAAUUCAGCCCAGAUGUGACAAAUUGAAAAGUUGGUUGAAGAGGAAAGAUUUUUCAUUUCAAUAAGACGUACUCAAACAUUCCCAUCACAGCUGUUUUUAAUACACUACUUACGCAUAACAAGUUCAGAAAUGACAGUGGUUACAUAGGUUUAAAUAAGACAUUCCUGUGUGCUUACUUACUUUGUAGUUUAAAAUAAACGUUGAGGUUUCUUUUUCUCUGAAAGUGAUUUCUAUAACCAUAAUUCUUCAUACAUGCUUUGAAAGAAAAAUAACUUGCAAAAUUAUGUAGCAGGACUUAAAAUAACAAACUAAAUGUGCCAGUUUGUUUCAAAGAUGCCACCAGCACAGGUUAGACAUGAUUUCUAAGUAACAGUGUGGUUUCUGUGUGUCAUUAUGAAAGAUCUUUGGCUAAUUGUAGGAGUCUGAAACACAUGCUAUAUGAAAAAUCACUUACUGUAUGUUGGAUGCAAAAAAAAAUAAUACCACCAAUGUUAAUAUGUUCCUUUUUUACAAGUAAUGUAAAGAAAAGUGACACCAGCUUAAAAAAUGCAAUAUUUUUUAUUGGAAGAGAAGGAAUAAUGAAUAACAAAACCGUCUGCUUUUAAGAUACCCAAGCGGUGAAUUAUGUCAUUGUCAGUGAUACAUAUAUAACUUAAUAAAUAGAUAAAUACAGAUUUAUUAGAGAGAUGGUUAAAAAACAUACUAUUAAUACAACUAAACAGAGAAUAGAGCAAGUGAAAGAUUUAAAAAAUAUAGACUUGUUCACAUUUUCUAGUGUGAGAUUUACUUUUCAGUUUAGGGUCAUAGCAUCUCAUCAGUGGUUUAUCCGCAGCGGUCGGCUUAUUGUAUUCUAAUUCUUUUUCAUCAGAUGAGUUUGAAAAUGCAGAUGUUAUCCAGGGAUCAACACAUUAACGCAGCUUUGCGUAAGGAGGAUUUGGACUUUGAAGGGACAUUGUUGUGAGUAAAUGUGAUCAUGCAGCCAUUUUUUGGAAAACAUGGUGAAAUGGGGGAAUUGUUAGCUUUAAAACUAAAGACUUUCCAUGGAUUACAUUUACAGCUGAAAACGUAUAUUUCCAUAUACUGUAUAAAAAUAUACAAUAUUUCUUUCUUCACUGUCUGGCAUAAAAUCAGACUAAACUUUUCCUGUAUUGCAUCAGGUACUGUUACUAAAAUUACUACUAUUUAAUAAAUACGAGAAUAGUGGGAGAGAGAAGUAAAUACAAUUUUUAUGAAAGUUAGCAGAAACUAAAAGUUGUUUCCAAAUUAAACGACUUGGAAGUCAUUGAUGAUAAGGGCAUGGCUUUGUAAGAUUCUGACAGAUUAUUUAAUAACAUUUGAGUUAAAUGAAGGCCACCUGUCAAUGUAUUUAUGGCUGCAACUCAAAAACACUGCUUCCUCGUGCAACAUAAUGCGCAAAAUUGAAAGAAAUUAGUCGGGAUAUGGGGAAGAGAAUAACGGACCCUGGGCCGGUUCCUUCUCAAGUGGACUUUUCAGAUUUCCACCAUAAGGACAUCUAAACUCACAAGCCUGAAAAACAUAGUUCACUCUGUGAAGUAUAUCGAUGGCAGCAUCAUGUUGUUUCACAAAAUAGAUGACAUCAUGAUGUGUAAAUAUAAAAUCAGUGACUUUAGAGAAGUCAUGGAUUUCAUAUUCAGUGACCCAUUUGCUUUGGAGCAAAUGGAUCUUCCGAAAAGACUAUGACUCUACUCACACAACCAAAUUAAUUACUAAGUGGGCUGAGGAACGUCACAAACUCCUGAUCUUAGUCCCAUAAAACAUUUGUGGUGCAUUAGUGUCCAAGCUACUUGUCCUACAAAUCUGUCUCUGUUACGCCGGUUCUGUCAGGAAAAUUGGGACAAAUUAAUCAGAGAAGCUUAUGAAAGGAGACCCAAAACCUUUUGACCUUUUACUAUGGAAAGAUAUGUUAACUUAAGUUUGAGGAAUCUCUCUCUCUCCUAUCAUUCUAGUAAUUUAGUAAAUGGAAAUAACUCUAGUAUUUUAAAAAUAUCUAAAAAAUAUAUAUUUUUUAUUAAUUUUUUUCUAUCCACAGUAACUCUAAGACAUAUCAUCUAUCAUUCCUGUACGUGCCAAAUGAUAAAGAACUAAUGGUUUAAGUUCAUAUUUGUCUACAUGAGCAGUCUUUGAACUAUACGAAGCAGAAAAUACAUCUUGCUUAUAAAGAAAUGCUACAGUAUUUAAAAAUGUUUUUCAUACCAAUUGUGUUAUCCAAACUUUCUGUAAAAAUCUUCACAUAUCUAUUUUUAAAUUGUUUUGUAUCAUGAAGUUACACUUAAGAAACUGACAUGCUGGAGGAAUAAGUGAGCACAGAUCCAAACAAAAAAAAAAUCUAGACAUUAGUAAUGCCAAUAUUUGCAAGAAGAAAAUUAGCUCAAAACUAUAGUGCCGUUGUUCAGUGAGAAAAUCUAAUCUUAAGCAGCAAGUUAUUGUGUCUAGUGUGCAUUUAAUUUUUCUUAGACAAGCUGCUGCUCAGCAUCAGAGCUGGUAGAUUGUUUUGUGUGAAGACGUUAGUCAAACUGAAAGAAAGUGAAACGUGAUCAACAUGCUUCUGUUUGAUAGUGGCAAAGCAUAAAGCUGCUCUUGAACAACAAUGCACGUUCAAGGUAACGACAGAGAUGCAGCACCUGCAGCACCCACCUGAAGCAAUAAUAAUAUGUAUGCAGGGAGACAAAUCAGUUUUCAGAUAAAUAAAACUGGGUGAAGUGUUAUAAACAGUCCUAUGUACAUAUGUUAACAUACUAUAAGUUGCUAUUACAGAUUAGUAUUGCACACAUGCAGUAUUAUAUAACAGAUACAACAACUCUUGUAGCUUGUAUGUACUAAAGGUGUUGUUUUCACUGAGCUUCAGAGCUUAAACUCUUGUUCCUGGGCUAAAUAAAGCGGAUUACGCCAGCGUCACACCCACACAACUUGUGUCCAAUUCUCCAGUUUCUUGUAUAAUAUCAGACAUUUAGGAAAUCUUGUGACUCUAGCUGUUCUGACAAAGAGGUUUUGCAGGUGCUGUUUCUCUGCAGAGUCAUGGAUUAUUACACUGCAGUACAUUUUCACACAAAUCAUUACAGUCAAAUGUAGGAGGGCCUCAGUGUCCAGUAACAAAAAAGGCAAAUCAAUAAGGAUUUUAUUUUACGCCAUUAUUUUAUAAAGCCAAAUAACUUACAAUUCUGCUUGAGCCUUAUUAAAAUUAGUUCACAAAAAAUCCAGAAACCUGUUUCAGUUGUUUUACUUGUUUAGGUAGAUCAUUUAUGUCAGUAUUUGAGCCAUCUACUAUUAAACUGACUGUCCCAAAUCACACAUAAGCAUUCUGCACCCUCAAUGAUGUCUUUUCCUAUGAUUAUGAUGAAUAAAAUAUUCUCUGUAUUUUCAUUUUCGCUCUGUUAUAUUUCAGGCUGGUUUCUUUACUGAUGUACUGAUAAAAUGGUUUUUUUUCUUCUUUUUUUGUCUACUUAAUAUGCAUCAUUUUCAUUUAAAGUAAGUUAGCGUUUUCUUUUCUGUUUAUGUCUGAAUGUUAUAAAAUACAUCUAUUUGCCAUAAUUAACUCUAUUCCCGGUGACUCACUCUGCAACAAGUCUGAGCUGAUUAGAAACCGAUAUCAGUUUGAUCAAUGGUUGCUUGGUUCUUACAGCAGAAAUAAACAUGACUCACACCUUU